CCGUAAGUUUUCAAUCAAAUUUCAUUUCCAGAUUCCAAAAUAUAUCAUUCAUCCCCAUUUACCAAAGGAACCCUAAAUCUCCGAUUAAUCACAAAUAACUACCCUCUUCCAAAAACCCAGCAUUAAAUUUCACAUCCUUUUUGUAGAAGAAAACAAGAAUUUCGUUUGAGGAACUUCUCUUCUUCUUGUUUGUUUUAUAAAUCCCAUGAAAUAGUUUCAACUUUUCACCCACUCUUUCUCUCUCUUCUUCUGGAAUCCCACAAAUUUGAAUCCCCAGUUUUACAAAUCCCUAAUUUUUAGUGGUAAUAAACCGGUAGUAGAGAGAAAGCUUGGAUCUUUUCAAUGGCAUCAGAUCAGGAAUUAUCUGAGGAAAUACCAGAAGGAACAUUGAAGAACAUUCUAGACCAAGAUACCCUAAAAUGGGUUUUUGUAGGAGGGAAAGGAGGUGUUGGUAAAACAACUUGUAGCUCCAUUCUUGCAAUUCUACUUGCAAGCGUGAGACAAUCUGUUCUUAUUAUCUCAACUGAUCCGGCCCACAAUCUUAGUGAUGCUUUUCAACAACGUUUUACAAAGACUCCAACCCUUGUUAAUGGCUUCACCAAUCUCUUUGCAAUGGAAGUGGAUCCGUCUGUAGAAAAUGAAGAUCUUUCUGGUGAAGGGCCUGAUAAUUUUGUAUCAGAGCUGGCAAAUGCAAUCCCUGGAAUUGAUGAAGCCAUGAGUUUUGCAGAAAUGCUGAAAUUGGUUCAAACAAUGGAUUACUCAGUCAUAGUGUUUGAUACAGCUCCCACAGGGCAUACACUUCGUCUUUUGCAAUUCCCUUCCACUUUAGAAAAGGGGCUAUCAAAAAUGAUGACCUUGAAAAAUAAAUUUGGGGGCUUGUUAAGUCAGAUGACUCGUCUCUUUGGUGUUGAAGAUGACUUUGGAGAAGAUGCAAUCCUUGGCAGGCUUGAGGGCAUGAAAGACGUAAUCGAGCAAGUGAACCAGCAAUUCAGGGAUCCAGAUUUGACAACCUUUGUGUGUGUGUGCAUUCCUGAGUUCUUAUCUCUAUAUGAAACUGAAAGAUUGGUGCAAGAACUCGCAAAGUUUGAGAUUGAUACUCAUAAUAUUAUUAUCAAUCAAGUCAUAUUUGAUGACGAAGUUGUUGACUCAAAGCUGCUGAAAGCAAGAAUGAGAAUGCAAGAGAGGUAUAUUGAUCAGUUCUAUAUGUUAUAUGAAGACUUCCACAUCACAAAGUUGCCAUUGAUGCCAGAAGAGGUGACUGGCUUGCAAGCAUUGAAGUCGUUUUCACGGCAUUUUCUUGUAUCAUAUGAACCUGCAAUCAAAAAAGGAAGUAUCGAAGAGUUGGAAUUAAGGGUAACUGAGUUGAAACGACAGUUGAAUGAAGCCGAAGAAGAUCUGGAGAGACUAAGAAAAGGGAAACAAAAGGUGUAAAAGGACAUGAUAUUAGGCCCAUUUUUUCUUGAAGUUCUUAUUUAUUUAUAGAUUUUCUUGUUAUAUUACUAUUCUGUUUUUACUUGUACUAUGUUUUCCUUUUUAUUGGGCGGAAAGAUAGGCAGUUUUCAAGUCUAUAUAAUAUAAAAUGGGUAAUAUGAAGACCUGUGCAGAAAUCAUGCUUUAUGGUAUACAUCUCUUGUAUGUGGGAUGCCUGGAUACACUUUGGUUACAUUGUCCUGUUAGCAUUUCAAAAAUAAAACCUAUAUAUACAAUGAAGAAAAGAAAAAGGCCAUUGUCAUAGAAUUAGAGAAGGUGAUGGAGUUCAGAGGUUCGACCACAUUUUUUUUACGUUACCUUCUCUACUUGAUGAAGUCAUUGGAAUCCAUAAUAGGGCGUAUUUGUUUUUCGCU